GGAAUCUACGAGUUGCUUUGUAUCUACAGCGUCCUAACUUCAACCAUUGACAAAUCACGCGUCGUCUGAUGUUCAGAUGUCUUCUAAGCCCCGCCCAUGAGGGGUGCUACGUCUCAUAUCACCGCAGCACUUCUUCGCUGGUCAUCUGCUCAGUAACGAAAUGAAAUCACAAAACGUUGCCUCUUUGAAUCUCUUGCCUUCUGCUUUACCUAUCGGCUCUUAUUCGGAUACCUGUGUUACCAUGGCUUCCUAUCCAACACUGCCUAUCCAGCAGCUAUUGCCUUUCAAUUUUCUUCUAAACCCUUCGAUGUUAUCGUCAUUUCUACCUCCUCUCCCAGACCAUCUUACAUCUGCCUCCCAAUCUCCCUUUGGCUCCCAGCAAACACCCGCAUCACAGCCAAACCUGGGCCAUCUUUUCGAUUCUGCUCCCGAAUGCUACUCACACUCUAGCGAAUGCUCUCAAACUACGGAAUCUGGCAUGUCAUCGCCGAGAAACCCCUCUCCUGUGCGGGUCUCCUCAGCUGAAAGCAGUACCACUACAUCCAGAAUUCGUCGUGGUCGACCACAACAAGACAUUAGCGACGAUGACGACCCAACCAGUCAAAAACGACGUCAUCGUCGUCUCUACGCUAGACAAUAUCGAGCCCAAAUGAGACACAAAGUCGACGAAGUAAAAGUAUUAUCCGCAAAACUAGAAGAGAUGCAACGCGUUGUUGAGCGCUUGGAAGCCGCUCUUGAAAGUGAACGACGCGAGCAUCAACAGAAAACACUACUGCUGAACUCUAUGAUCCAAUCAAAACUGCUGCUUUGAGCAAAUCAAUUGUUUUGUACAUAAUAUUCCAUUGAUUUUUUCUUAACAAAACAGGUACACAGUAUCUCCCAUAAUCACUUGUAUUUCACAUAAUCAUACUAAUAAACAUUCAUAUACA